AGGCCCGCAGCCCGGAAGCGCCCUCCCCGCCGGAGCGGCGGCCGCGGGAGGAUGAGCCGCAUCUACCAGGACGGCGGCCUCCGCAGCAGGCCGGUGCGCAGCGCGCGGCUGCCCGGGGCCUGGGACCCCGCCGCCCACCAGCGAACACCUGCACAUACAUGAUCUUAGGUCGUCAUCCUAGAAACAGCAGAGGCUCUUGUGACAGUGACGCCGCAGCAGGGCCGAGCUGGGUCUCCCGGCCUGACAUGGCUCCGCCUCACCCAGCCCUUGGGACCCCCAGGGGAACAGAGGCCCCAGGCAGGAGGCACAGAGAAAGGGCUGCCCAGGACCCGGCCUUCCAGGGACCCAGUGGGGGAAAUGGCGUCCUGCUGGAGGGAGAACUGGUGGAUGUUUCUCGGCACAGCAUCACGGAUGCCCACGGCAGGAAGGAGCGCUACCACGUGCUGUACAUUCGGCCUACUCGCAUCCAUCGCCGUCAGUUUGACCCCAGGGGAAACGAAAUCGAGCCCAACUUCAGCGCCACCAGGAGGGUGAACACAGGCUUCCUCAUGUCAUCCUACAAGGUGGAGGCCAAGGGGGACACGGACAGACUGACACCCGAGGCACUGAAGGGUCUGGUGAAUAAGCCAGAACUGCUUGCGCUGACGGGGAGCCUCACCCCUGACCAGACAGUGGCCUUCUGGAUGCCUGAGUCGGAGAUGGAGGCACUGGAGUUCGAGCUGGGGGCCGGGGUGCGGCUGAAAACACGAGGCGACGGCCCCUUCCUGGAUUCAUUAGCCAAACUUGAGGCUGGAGCAGUGACCAAGUGUAAUUUUGCUGGUGAUGGAAAGAUGGGGUCAUCCUGGACAGACAACAUCCUGGCCCAGAAGUCUUGCGAAGGGGCGGACGUGAAGACCCGAGAGCAGGGAGACGGGGCAGAGGACGAGGAGUGGGAUGACUGAGAUUGGUGGGCGAUGGGGAGCCUUCCAGCCCACCCACCACCGUUGAGAAUUUCUUCCAUCGACUUCCACUCUGGAGAUGGAGGGAGAAGUCUGCCAAUGCCCAGCCUUACCUGGUUCCCCCCUCCAGCCACCGUGGAGUACGCGUUGAACAAGCUCUGCUAAAAUCAAACCUGGACCGUGUUAGCAGUGGGGCCCCAUGCUGUGGCUCUGGAGGGUCUCUCCCUGGGUGGUGGGUGGAGGACAAGGAGCCAGCAGCAUGGUUUACCUUGUGGGUCUAGCUUUCCUAGACGGUGUCCUGGUGACCCUUGCCUUGAGUGUGAGCCUUCCUUCUGGAGGCAGGCAGGGGGUGAGUCCCCAGGGCAUUCAGAGCAACUGCACUUGGUCUUGGUGCAGGUCAGGGAGUACCCCUCAUCGACAUGCAGAGUGGCUUGGAGGAAAAGUUCUCUGUGGCUCCCCACUCUGCUCGCAUCUCCUGCUCUCCCUUCACGUCAGCCUCCUCCCCGGCGCUGGGCUGUGGCCCCUGUGCUCCGGCUCAAGCCGUCUUGUCCCCUGCCCCAUCCUUUCCUUUCCCUGGAGCUGUCAGUUCUUUUUUCUUCCUUGGUUCUCUGCCACCCUGGGGGUUCCUGCCUCCUGACUACUUCCCUGGGCAUGGUGUCCUCAGGGAGGGCUAGAGGAGCCUCAGGUGUGGCUGGCUGGUCCGCAUCUCUCAGGCUCACUCUGCCAGGCCACAUUUUUGAUAUUUUGUUUCUGUUAUGUAUCUUUAGAACUUUAUAUGAUUGGCUAAAUCUUCAGAAAAGGAUUCCUCUACACUGACUGGGUAUUUGUCGGGUGUAAACAGCCUUCCAGCUGAGCAGUGUCCCUAGAAGGCAGCCAUUGCUUUUUGCUCAUGAACAUUGCCUUGCUGGGUGCUGUGCCCACACCCAGAUCUGUGAAGAGAGCUAGAGGUGAAAUCUGCGGGUCCCAAGAAAGGGUAGGGACUCGGUGGCAUGUGGAUCCUGCUUGCCUCAGAAAAGAAGGGGUGGUGGAGUCCCCUAAUGCAGCCAACAGCACUAGAGGCUUCCCACGGUAAGUGUGACUGCUGACUGUUGAGUUCCUCCUGGUGUCAGCAGAGGUAUCCCCUGCUUUUCAAAAGUCUGCAUUACUCCACUUCCCUUUAUGAAAGCCUUAACAUUAGUACAUGCCUGUUUUUACUAACCAAAAGAAAAUCUGAAGAGCAUUUUUGCUUUUAAGAGAAAAGGUUAAAAACAAAAGUAGUGUUCAGUGUUUGUUUUGCAACAACUUCUAGAGGCAGGGGGCACCCCCAGCCGUGAGAGGGGUCUCGCCAAACUCCUUCCCCUCAGCACCUCAGCAUCACGCAGCCAUAGCUUUGAACUGUACCUGAGCAUCUGUGCUUUAUCUCGAUUUAUUUUGCACUGUUAGCAAGCUGUGUCCUAGGGUACCAGAAAAGCCUAAGAGAGGUUAUUUUUUGAGUCUGGGAAUGCUCAAAAAUUUUUCCAUAUAAAUUGUAAUUGCUUCUUCACUCUACGCCGUUUCAGCUUAGGGAAGUUUCCAUAGGAAUGCUCCGCUUUAAGAUAGCAGGGGAAACUUAACAGUCAGGUUUCGAAGUCCACGUUCUUAACUUCAAGAUUAUUCUGCUUUCACGUGUAUACUGCAGAAGAGAAAAGGGCCCCAGAAAGGUUAAGGCAAGGGUCAUAACUGCUUAUGUUCAAAUUGCCCAGAGUCACACAGCUAAUAAGCAAAGGUUAUACUCCUUCCUCUGUCCCCUGCUUCCUCGGCCUACAGAAGGGCCUUGCACACAGGGACCAGAGAUGGCCCUGGCCUUGCGAAGCAGGGUUACAUUCCCAGACUUAAGGAACCUGCCUAGAUCUUUGACUCUUGAUCUGAGCUCCAUGAUAUGGCUGUGAGGCUUGGGAUUCACGCUUCAGUUACGCCAUCUGAAGUCAUGGUUAUGGGGCUCUUCUGCUCUUGUCGCCCUUUUUCAGUUCAGACCACCUUGCCCCUCUCACCCCGGCUAUUGUGGACGCCGCCUUCUGGUGUCCUGUGUGAGUGGGGCUGGCUCACUACGGAGCAUGCUGGGCCUCAGUCAUGGGGUGGCCAAGGGGGUGGUUAAGCAGAAGGACUGGGGGACACUGACUGGGUAGAGGGACCUAGUGAGGGCACUGUGCUGCCCAAAGCCCUGUGGCCAGAGGGUAUGGCAGGCUCAAAUGGGCAGGCCAUCAUUCCAAACAAGGAGGUCCAGGGUGUCAGUGCGCCAAACCCAGGGCUUUGAAAGGGCUUGGUGUCUUCGGGCAGCUCCUAGAAGGAAACGGCUGCUGUGACUGCAGCUCAAAGGAUGGGCGGAGGUGGAGGCACGUUUGAGAUGAGGCUGGAGGUUGGGCGUGGCAUUUUCAGCAUGUUAAGUAUUUGGGGACUUUGUCCUUAACUUCCUGGAAGCCAGGGAUCCCAGGGAGAGUGGUAAGAUCUGAUUUGUGUACUUCAAAGAUUGCUUGACUACAGUGAAACGGAAGGCAGUGAGCAUAACUAGGAGGCUGCUGCAGUUGUCAGGGUGAGAGACUGGAAUGGUUUGGUCUGUAGCAGUCGGGGUGACAAUGGAAAACAAUUCAGGUAGACAGAGAAGGGAAGGGACUUUGCAGCAAGAGAAAAGCCAAGGGGCGGCAGUGGCCUGCUCCUGGGACGUGUGCAACUUCUGUAUACGGUUGUUGUGAUAAUAAACCUAACCGUAAAAUUUGA